CGUGACAAAAAGGCUGGGUUAGGUCACAAGGCGCCUGCGCCAGGCUGCCGGCUGCCGAGCCGUCCCCAACUUUUCCUCCGCCUGCCCAGCGCCUCCGCCUCCUUCCCCUUGGCAAGCGGGUCUCAGCCCGGAGCUCGCAGAAGGAGCGCGGCGGGGCUCCCAGCUCUCACCUCCGCCGAUCGCGCUCCCUUCUUACCUCCUCCUGCUCUUCCUCCGGCGCUCCCCUCCCUUCCUCCCACCCAGAAAAAAGAAGACCCCCCGCGGGAGAAAGGCGCUCGCCCAUCCCCCGCGGACUCCCUCGCGCGUGGGGAAGGGGCUCUCCCUGCGCUCCUGGGGGAGAAACCCCUCCGGAAAAAAAAACCCUCCGGUUUUUUUUGAAAAUUUAUUUUGGGGAGGGGGCAGCAGUGCGGGGAAACCCCGCGCGGGAUGGGCUUUCCGCGCCCACCUGCCUGAUUCGUUGAUAUCGUCACUUUUUCAACCCAGACCAAACUUUGCUUUCAGAAGCCCAGAAAACUUUCGGCGCCCUUAAAAGCUGCGGCGGAGAUCCUUGCUCAUCAUGGUCGCCUUGCCAGGCUUUCUCCUACUCCUAUGGAUAGUAAAAGGAGUUGUGCCCUCGCAUCCUCAUGGGAAGCCAACUUGGCCAACCUACAAGGUGCCCGUCAUUCUACCCCAAUUAACCAUCCCUUUGGACAAGCCGCACUUUGACGCCAAAGCCCAGCUGGAAGUGGUCUCCCCUUGUGGCCCCUCUUGCCACAAGCGUUCCCCACUCCCAACGUACGAAGAAGUGAAAGAUUAUUUGUCUUAUGAGACGCUGUACUCCAACGGAUCCCGCACCGAAACCGAGGUUGGCAUCUACAUUGUUAGCAGGACCAGCACAGGGGGGCAGAGCCGAUCGCGGACAAAGAGACAAAUCUAUAGCUACGACACCAGGUUUAGUAUUUUUGGCAAGGAAUUCUUGCUGAAUUACCCAUUUUCUACUUCCGUGAAGUUGUCCACGGGGUGCACCGGAACGUUAGUGGCGGAAAAACACGUCUUGACGGCUGCUCAUUGUAUCCACGAUGGGAAGAGUUACGUCAAGGGAGCCAAGAAGCUACGGGUUGGGUUCCUGAGGCCCAAGCCGAAAGAUGGCGUCAAAAGGACCAACAACAGUAGCGCCCCCGAGCCCGAGAAAAUGAAGUUCCAGUGGAUUCGGGUGAAACGGACACACGUUCCUAAAGGAUGGAUCAAAGGGAACGCUAACGACAUUGGCAUGGAUUAUGACUAUGCCCUGCUGGAGCUCAAGAAACCCCACAAGCGGAAGUUCAUGAAGAUCGGAGUGAGCCCAACAGCACGCCAGCUGCCCAAAGGAAGGAUUCACUUCUCGGGCUACGACAACGAUCGGCCUGGGAAUUUGGUUUACCGGUUCUGUGACGUCAAAGACGAAACCUACGAUCUCUUGUAUCAGCAGUGCGAUGCCCAGCCAGGAGCCAGCGGUUCCGGAGUCUACGUGAGGAUGUGGAAGAAACAGAAUCACAAAUGGGAGCGUAAAAUUAUAGGGAUAUUCUCUGGCCACCAGUGGGUGGACAACAAUGGAUCCCCCCAGGACUUCAACGUGGCCGUUCGUAUCACACCCCUCAAAUAUGCACAGAUUUGCUUCUGGAUCACGGGGAACUACCAACAGUGUAGAGAUGGAUAGAGCCAAUUGAGGUCCCAAAGAGGCUUCGGCGGCUUGCUGGGGAGGGGGCAGGAAAAAGGGGGAGGCAUGGUGGAAAGUGUACGCUUAACUGCUCUGUGGGCACAGUUCUCUUUUUAGAAAUGCCAGGCGGCAGAAAUUGACCAAGAGUUCAACCAGGUUAGUGUUUGCAAUAAGCACAGUGUCCAUGCCAUGACACAGAUCCUGGACCUUUGCAUAGUUUUCGCCUUAGGGUAAGCAAUAGGUGAGAUAUACAAGGUUUGAGGCUGAAGCAAAGUAUCUGCGUCUCUCUUCUGCACCCUCUUAUAGGAUGGGCCAUCGUUCACCAAUGGGGAUGCUGAUUGUCUGGCUCUUACAUAAUUCAUGUAGCACAGGAUUGGCUAGGCCUGAUAGGAGGAUAACUGGACAGAGACACAGGCAUCUGUUCUUAAAUCCAGUGACGCCAAAAAAGCAAAUAGUAGAUUGUGACAUCACAGUGCGAGCUCUGUGCUUCUGGAUGUGUGUAUCAUCAGUUAUUAGUAUAUAAGGCAUUAAUUUACUUUGGGAUGUCAUGACACACUUUUCACCAUUCCCCCUUCCUCUGUGAUUGGAGAUUUUCCAACAGUGGUGCUUCUUCUCCUUCUCUUCCUUCUCUCUCUCCAUCUACUUCUCCUCCUCCUCCUCCUCCUCCUCCUCCUCUUCCUCCUCCUUUCACCAUUCCCCCUUCCCCUGUGGUUGGAGAUUUUUCACAGUGGUGCUUCUUCUCCUUCUCCUCCUUCUCUCUCUCCAUCUCCUUCUCCUUCUCCUCCUUCUCCUCCUUUCACUAUUCCCCCUUCCCCUGUGGUUGGAGAUUUUUCACAGUGGUGCUUCUUCUUUUCCUCCUCCUCCUCCUCCUCCUCCUCCUCCUCCUCCUCCUCCUCCUCCUCCUCCUCCUCCUCCUUUCACCAUUCCCCCUUCCUCUGUGGUUGGAGAUUUUUCACAGUGGUCGUCGUCGUCGUCGUCCUCCUCCUCCUCCUCCUUUCACUAUUCCCCCUUCCUCUGUGGUUGGAGAUUUUUCACAGUGGUGCUCCUCCUCCUCCUCCUUUCACCAUUCCCCCUUCCUCUGUGGUUGGAGAUUUUUCACAGUGUUCCUCCUCCUCCUCCUCCUCCUCCUCCUUUCACUAUUCCCCCUUCCUCUGUGGUUGGAGAUUUUUCACAGUGGUCGUCGUCGUCGUCGUCGUCCUCCUCCUUUCACCAUUCCCCCUUCCUCUGUGGUUGGAGAUUUUUCACAGUGUUCCUCCUCCUCCUCCUCCUCCUCCUCCUCCUCCUUUCACUAUUCCCCCUUCCUCUGUGGUUGGAGAUUUUUCACAGUGUUCCUCCUCCUCCUCCUCCUCCUCCUCCUUUCACUAUUCCCCCUUCCUCUGUGGUUGGAGAUUUUUCACAGUGGUGCUCCUCCUCCUCCUCCUUUCACCAUUCCCCCUUCCUCUGUGGUUGGAGAUUUUUCACAGUGUUCCUCCUCCUCCUCCUCCUCCUCCUCCUUUCACUAUUCCCCCUUCCUCUGUGGUUGGAGAUUUUUCACAGUGGUGCUCCUCCUCCUCCUCCUUUCACCAUUCCCCCUUCCUCUGUGGUUGGAGAUUUUUCACAGUGUUCCUCCUCCUCCUCCUCCUCCUCCUCCUUUCACUAUUCCCCCUUCCUCUGUGGUUGGAGAUUUUUCACAGUGGUGCUCCUCCUCCUCCUCCUUUCACCAUUCCCCCUUCCUCUGUGGUUGGAGAUUUUUCACAGUGUUCCUCCUCCUCCUCCUCCUCCUCCUCCUUUCACUAUUCCCCCUUCCUCUGUGGUUGGAGAUUUUUCACAGUGGUCGUCGUCGUCGUCGUCGUCCUCCUCCUCCUCCUUUCACUAUUCCCCCUUCCUCUGUGGUUGGAGAUUUUUCACAGUGUUCCUCCUCCUCCUCCUCCUCCUCCUCCUUUCACUAUUCCCCCUUCCUCUGUGGUUGGAGAUUUUUCACAGUGGUGCUCCUCCUUCUCCUCCUCCUCCUCCUCCUCCUUUCACCAUUCCCCCUUCCUCUGUGGUUGGAGAUUUUUCACAGUGGUGCUUCUCCUUUCCCUUCUCCUCCUCCUCCUCCUCCCUCUGUGGUUGGUGAUUUCCCACAUUCCUCCUCCUCCUCCCCUAUCCCAUUCUUCAAUUCCCAAUAAGAAUCAAUGAGAGGUAGAAAUGAGACACCAGAAGUGCUUGAAAAGCAAAAGACAAGAGGAACUUCAGCUAGUAUCUAAAAGAAAAGUGGUCAACAAAAUAUGAACCUUUCCCUGAAAAUAAGACUGGGUCUUAUAUUAUAUUUUUUGCUCCAAAAGAUGGAUUAGGGCUUAUUUUGUGGUUAGGUCUUAUUUUUGGGGAAACAGGGUGUUUUAAGGUAGAAUGCCAUUACUUUCUCUGCUUUCUUUUUUAAGGGUCUAUCAAAAUAUGAGAUCCAAAUGUGCCUUAGCUUUCUCUUAAGGGUCAUGUUAGCAAUAAGUCCAGUACGGUAUACAAACACAUAUUUAAUCACUGGACUCUGGGGAUUCUGCAAUGGUUGUAAGUGUGAAAAACAGCCAUAAGUCACUAUUUUCAGUGCCGUUGUGACGCCGAACAGUCACUAAAUAAACAUGAUGUAAGUCAAGCAUGAGAACGGAACACUCUUUAAUACCCUUAGAAUGGAACACAUGAAUACUCACAGGAAGCCUCUCUGUAUUCAAUGAAAUCUUUUUCCUUUAUUCCUAAGCAUUUAGAAAUGUAUUGAGCUCUUCCCUGAAGCCUUCCUGAAGGUGUCACAGAGGGUCAGAGACAACUUGGCCAACAUGAGGAUCUUGUAAAUAUUUAUAAGCCCUUGGCUAGAAAUGGAAACUUGCAUUGUAAUUCUACUUAUUUUGUAAGGAUGUUCAAAUACAGCACGUGUUUAACA